AUACGCAACCGCAACCGUCUUCCCUUUAACCUUCUGGGCAGGGCAGUGUUUCAGUUUCUUGGAGCACAAUGUGCAGCAGAGAAGUGCCAUUUCUCCCUCAAGACGCAUCUAAAGAGGUGUAGAUCUAGAUGCUUUCUUUGUCUAGAUGGAGCCCUCAGGCACCCCAGAGUCCAUCACCCCUUUUGAAUAUGAUCCUCAGAGCUUACUGUGUGAGAACAAGACCUUUACCUUUGCCACCAUCAGCACCACCAUCCUGUACCUCCUGGUGUUCCUCCUCAGCCUGGUGGGCAACAGCCUGGUGUUGUGGGUCCUAGUGAAGUAUGAGAGCCUGGAAUCCCUCACCAAUGUCUUCAUCUUCAACCUGUGCCUCUCAGAUCUGGCGUUCUCCUGCUUGUUGCCAGUGUGGAUCACGGCGUACCACUGGGGCUGGCUGCUGGGGGACUUCCUCUGCAAGCUCCUCAGCAUGAUCUUCUCCAUCAGCCUCUACAGCAGCAUCUUCUUCCUGACCAUCAUGACUAUCCACCGCUACCUGUCGGUGGUGAGGCCCCUCUCAUCCCUGCGUGUCCACACCCUCCAGUGCCGUGUGCUGGUGACCAUAGCUGUGUGGGCAACCAGCAUCCUGUCCUCCAUCCCUGAUGCUAUCUUCCACACAGUGCUUUCUUCACAGUGUCAGUACUCAGAAAGGAAGGGGUUCCUAACCUCGGUCUACCAGCAUAAUGUCUUCUUCCUGCUCUCCAUCGGGAUUAUCCUGUUCUGCUACGUGGAGAUUCUCAAGACCCUGUUCCGCUCUCGGUCCAAACGGCGCCCUCGGACAGUCAGGCUUAUAUUCACCAUCGUGGCAGCCUACUUCCUUAGCUGGGCUCCCUACAACCUGCUCCUGUUUCUGGAGACACUGCUGAAACUUGGGGUCAUCCAGAGCUGCGAGUUCAGCCAACAGAUGGAUUAUGCCAUGCUCAUCUGCCGCAACCUUGCCUUCUCCCACUGCUGCUUCAACCCAGUGCUCUACGUUUUUGUCGGGGUCAAGUUCCGCAGACAUCUCAAAAGUCUGCUCCGGCACUUCCGGAUCUGCGGGCAGCAGGCAGCCAGCAUUCCUCAUCACACAGCAGGCUCCUUCAAUUACGAGGGUGCCUCCUUCUAUUGAAAGGGAGUUCAGUGGUGCCAAUGGAGGUAGACAGAGCUGCUGGAGUGGGACCAGGGAGAAGCAGGGCAGGAGGGCAUGCUGGCGAAUGCCAUGGCCACCUUCCACAAGUAGGUCCUUCAUGUCUCGUCUUCUGCAGAUAGUGGCAGAAACUGGAAACUGUAUAUUUCCAUCCAGAAAAACAUUUCUUGGAUUCUGAGUUCAUCAUUCAUUCCUUCAUUAAUUCAUUCCUUCAGACAUUGCUUAGUCCAGAAGGCUCUGAAACUUGGAAGGAUUCCCAGAAAGGAAUCCCUCCAAGGCUUUUUGAGGGUCUGAGGCUCCGUGUGUGUGCUAAUUGUAUAGAUGCAGACUGAUGGUAGAUGGUCUGUCCCCUGCUCACCUGGAGGGUUGUGCCAGCUGACUUUGGAGGGGUUGGCUCUGCACUCCUCUGUGACUGCUGGGUGAGACUGUUUCACUGGGCCAAGAUAAGCAUAUCCUCAAAUAAGCAAGUCAGAAUGUAAUCUGGAUCCUGAAGACCCAACUAGACAGGAGAUACAUUCCAUGUCAUAGCUCUAGUGUAUGCCACAUGAACUAGCACCUGGAUAUUCAGCCCAUAAAUAAUCUUUUGUGGAAAGACUGAAUGCAGUAAGUGCCAUCUUCUGCAUGAAGCAUUUGUCUGCAGGACAUAAAGAUAAGGAGAUACCAUCAUGACCCUCUAGGUACCAAUAGUCCAGCUCUGAAGGUCCAGAAAACUAAACAUCCUCCUCGGCCAAGGCAACCAGGGUGAAGAUUCCUACAUCUCAUCCUCUCUGGAUGGAUAUCGAGCUGAUACUUCAGAUUCAUCAGUUUCCACCUCAGAUGUUCUCCAUCUGCUUGGCUGAUGGCACCAGCUUCCCCCAGCCACCGACACUCCAAACCCGCAUCAUCUCUGAGUCCUACAUUUCCCUUCCCUCCACUCCCACAGCCAAGUCCUGUUGCCUCUGCCUUCCCCAUGUCCCCCAGAGCUGUUUCUGUCCAUGUUCAUUGAAUGCCCGUGGUUCCAUCCCCAAAUGAUCUCACUUCCUCAGCAUCUUCCACUCCUCACCUCUUUCCCCACAAAGUGUCCUCUGAAUGGACACCAGGGUGCUUCGGAACCCUUCGUGGAUCCUCACACUAUGCAAAUAAAGCCCAAACACCUCAGCAAGUCUUUCAGGGCCCCUGCAAUCUGGGGCCAAUGAACUUUUCCAUUGUUAUUCCACCUUCUGCCAUCCCCCCCAUGCAGCUCAGGAUCCAACCACAAAAAAACCACACCCUUCUCCCAUCCUUCCAGACACCCUUCCCCCAGUCUCCUCUGGGUCCCCGUCAUGUGGUCCCCAGGGCCUGGAACACCUGUCCUCCUACUCCACUACCUACAAGCCCCAGCUGAAACUCCUCAGGAAGACCUUCCCUAUCUGAAAAUCAGAAGAGCACUCUCUGGUGUGCUGUGGCACUCCGCUUGUCCCCUCUGAAAUAGUAUUUGUCACUCUCUACCAUGUGUCAUAGUUACACUUGUGCAUGUCUUAUCUUCCCGCCCCAUUGGAAUGCAGAGUGCCUGAGGUCUUGCACCCCAGGUCCUGCACCCUGCCAAGGGCCCUGGUGUUCUAGCACAACGUAUUGAGUGGGAACAAAGAAUGACAACUGUCAUUAUUUUUCUAAUGUAUGCAUUUGGGGGACCCAUGCCUAGGAAACACAGUCGAGCUUUCUUGCCCCAGGCUGCUGGAGUUACAGUAACCCUUCCUCCCUAAUCUAUGCUCUCAGAGCACCAGGCUUAUCCUUCUCUUUGGCAACGUCUAUACUUGACCUUGCUUUUUAGUUAGACGUACACAUGCCUGCCUCUCACACUGUCCCAUAGCAUCACAUCUCAGGACAUAGAUGAAACCCAUCUUUAAAAUUUUCCCAUACCACACAGAUCUGUUUCCAACCUGAUUUAGCUCUAGAGUGGGGCCUUUGGAAAAUCUCCCUAGGUGAUUCUGACCUGCACCCCAGUUGGGUAUGGUUGGCUGUAAGUCCUUGAAAAUGAGAAUUCCGGAUUCUUCCCACAGUCCCUUGGGCAGGACUUUGCACACAGCAGUCACUCAGUCUAUGCCUUUUGAAUAAAGUAGCUACUGUUCCAGCCUUUGGCUGGCACAUAGAGAGCACGUAAAGCAUUCACCCCUUCAGCUCCAGCUACGGUUUCAAUGAUGCAUUUGCAAUUGGGUGGCCAGCCUUAGAGGCAUUUUAUCUGGCUGGGGAAGACUGAAGGUCUAGUUUUAAAAAUUAGGCCAAUAACACCUGCUGGAGAGGACUGGGUGGUGCACCAGUGAAGGACAAAGCUCUCAUGGUCUUGCCAACUAAUGGGUGGGGACAUCACUCAGCACAGAUAGAAGAAAGAGCAAAAGGAAGGAGACAAUGAGUAGUUGUGGGCUCAGAGAUAAGCGAAUGGACUUCUGGUUAGGAUAAUCAUUCGGUGCCCCUUUCAAACCUAAUAUUAUUAAAACUUCGUUCAACUUUUAUUCAGAGGGCAGGCUGAGUCCAGGGAGGGGAAAGGCGGAGGACUACAGCCCCAAAACCAAAGCUGCAUGUUCUCAACCCCACUCUUCCCAGAAGGCAGGUUUCAGGGUCUUGCCUUACUACCAGAGCAUGCCUUUUGAGAGGUUCACUUCUUCAUCUCCUUACCCCAUCCCAUUCCUUCCCAACAAAAGCUGCUCUGCUAAGUAUAUCUUUCAACACAUUCAGCCACACCCCUGAGAUCCUGUCACUAAAUACACUCGUGUCUAUCUCCUUACAUUUCUAGUGAUUUUUGUCAUCCCCAAGAGUAGAAAGUGGAGCCUCUUCUCCUAAUGUAGUUCCUUGGGAAUCCAAGAGCAGAGGCCCAGAGAAGCACAGAUGUGAAUGGGAAGACAGAGGGACAUCCUAUCAGAGAGGGAACCGUGAAUAAGACUGCCGAAAAGUACAAUCAGAGAGCUACACAUGGGUGGCCACUCUCUACAUACCUUGACCACACCCUCGUUGGCCACAACCUCCUGCUUUCCCCCUCUCUCCACCCACAGAACCACGGUUCGACCUCAGCUAGACUCUUGUGGGCCUGUCUCUCCCCCUGUAGUCAAUCAAAGUGCCCCGGAUACUGGGCUGCAGAUCUCCUGCCAUGCCUGGCACAUAAAACAUCCACAGUGGUUCCUAGAAAAGAUGUCUUAACGGCAUUUCUACCUCCCUGCUCUCUCGGACAAAAUCAGGAAGGGAGGAGGAACCUUGCUGGUCUUUGAAUGGGAACUUUAAGCCCAGGGCAGCCCCAGACCUCAGACGACCCUAGCCAGAGUAGAAGUUCCUCAAAGGCACAAGCCUCCUGCUGAAACUCUAGAACCUCCCUUGGUGCCCCACAGGGUUUGUGGUUGGUUGAAUAAGUGGAUUGGAGACCAUCUUUUUGGCUUUUUCCUACUUCUGGUUUUUUUUUUUUUUUUUUUCCUUUCCACACUUCCUUAUAUUACAUCUUCUGGUCAACCCCAGGUACCACCAAUGGCUUCCCACGAACUCUUCCCUAGAGUCCAUCAGUCCAGACAUUGCCCGGUUUGCUGACCUCCUGAUAGCUUUCAUUUAUGGAACCUACCUGGGACAGGACAAGGAGGCCCACGAGUCUGGGAAAACCCAGCAGAAGAGACCCCAAAGCAGACUAUCUAUCUGAAAAGGCUCUCAGGAUCUGAGCCCUGGACGCAAACCCCAAAUCUAAGCUCCUUUACUGACUCACUGUGACCUUGGACAUCUCAGACCCUCAGUGUCCUCCUCUGUAAAACUGUAUAAAUGCCAACAACACAAAGGCAGACUACCCACAUGAUGGAGGUGCACAUGAUGUCACACGCAUAAAAGUACUUGCUUUGCCAAUGAUUCAGCUCCAAAUAGGAAUUACUAUUGUAAUCAUCUCACAAAGACAGAAAGCAUCAUUGUAUCACAUGCACAAAUAAAAGAUUUGCACG